AUGUCCCCCAAGCGUCUCUUACUCUAUGUCAUUACAUCUUGGUGUAUCUUAGCAUUGUGCUGGAUCUCCUACCAUUGCCAUAAGAUCAGAGGAUCCUCCAGUGGAAGUGAUAGAUCACAUGCUCGUCUUGUUGGCAAAGAGAAAUGUACUAAGCUCCUUCGGGAUUACAGAGAUAUUUUGAGGAUAAUGCAAGAGAGGGGAGCACAUGAAAGGGAACAAGAAGGGUAUAAAUCUGAGCUCAAAAUUUGUGUAGACAAAUCGGCCCCUUUGAUGAUCCAACCGAAUACCAGUUCUUCAGAAGACGGUGGUCAACAAAAGUUGAUUGACACCAAACUUGUGAUUCGUGAAGCUCAUCCUAGACCUCAUUGUGUUAAACAAGUCAAAAUUUGGGGAACGGAACACCUACAACGUGGAAUCGAGCCCUGUCCAGGACUAGCAUGCGGAAUCAAUUUGGUGAUCGACGCGAAUUAUGAGACAUUAAAAGAUAGUGAUGCCGUCUUGCUCUUACCGAGGACACCCUGGAAUUGGACUAGAAUAUUGAGUCAUAAACAUAAAGGACAAAAAUUCAUAUUUUACUCCCACGAAAGUCCACUAAAUACACAAAAAGGAGUCCUUCCACCCAAAGACUAUCUCUACAGCGCUUAUGAUUACAUAAUGUCAUACCGUUUCAGGGAAUCCCACUUAUAUGCCAGCUUUGCUUACUAUGACACCAGUAAACCAUCGAUUAGUUCAAACGAAACAAGGAAUUGGGCUGCUGGUCGGAAGCGACAGGUCGCAUGGUUGUCCUCUAACUGUAAGUCCAUCUAUCUGCACUGGAAUAGGACUGGGUUUGUCAAAGAGCUGUCCAAAUAUCUUGACGUGGGCAUGUACGGCAAGUGCGGGGAGCAAGGAGCUUGUCCUCCACGUGUGGAUGACUUUUCCGAAACAUGCAAUGGUGUACUACGACAGUUCAAGUUCUAUCUCGCUUUAGAAAACUGCGCUUGUAGAGACUACAUCACCGAAAAACUAUGGAAUAAUGCCUUCAAAAACGACCUAGUCCCUAUUGUGUUUGGACCUACUCGAGCGGACUACGAGGCGGUCGUUCCGCCGGAUUCAUUCAUCCAUGUCGAGGACUUCGAAACUAUCCAAGAUCUUGCGGACUUUGUAACCAUUCUUGAUCAAAAUGACCAUCUCUACAAUAAGUUCUUUGAAUGGAAGAAACAAGGAUCAGUCGAAGUAACAAACGAAUCAUGGCUUUUUAUGCCCCAGAAUAUGUGCCAGGUCGUCAGUAGACUAUUAGAUGACGAAAAAGCAGCAAGAACGGGAAAGAUCAACAAACCAAUCCUGCCGAAUUGGAAAGAAUGGUGGCCUCAGUCUUGUCGCAACAUUUCAGGGUUUCCCAUCAAGAUACGUAGGUGAUGCAAAUCGUCAAGAUGUAAUUUAAAUGGAUUAUCUAAUCGAUUUAUAGUCAUAUUAUUAUCAUGUAGUGAGCAGAUAUUAAUUUGUAUGUAUAGAAAUCCGUGAUUAUAAUUCAUCUUCUAAAGAUUACUUUAUUUUCAUUCCAAUAUACAUGACAGUAUAGAAAUUCUGGUUUAAAUAGUUAAGGAAAAUCAUUAACUGAACACUUAAUGAGGAUACAAAUGAGUUUUCCAAUAUACAAGUUUAUAAUCAUAAAUAUCUUGUUUAUUGUUGCUGUUGUUUGUGCUGUUGUUACCAAACUAGAACUUAUGAAAGACUACCAAUGUUUAUAGAUAUUAGAAAUGAAUUUCCUAUAUGUGCGGGGCGUUAGCAUUUGUAUACGUUGGUGGGGGUGGGAGUGUGUGUAUGUGGGCGCUUUAAGCGAAAUAGAAUUCGAGUGGCGAUGAUAUCAUUGUGAACUCUAUAUAUUUGUCGCGGCUUGGUUUAGUUUUCUUGGUAU